AUGAGUGAGGGCCUGUGGACGGUGACGGCGCGAUUCAACCACUGGGAGCAGAACACGUUUAACUCGACGUUUGAAGUGAAGAAAUACGUGCUUCCUGCCUUCAACGUGACCUUAACGCCACAGAAACCGUACUUUAGCGUCGACGACAAAGAGCUGAUCUUCACCAUCACUGCCAGGUUCCUGUAUGGACAGCCUGUCGUGGGGAGAGCGUACGUCAUGUUUGGAGUGAAACACGAGAGAGAAAAGAUCAGACUGAGACCAAUGAAGCAGCUGUCAGACCUGGACGGGGGGAGGGUCUCUCUCACUGCGGACGAGAUCAGAGCAGAGUAUCCAGACCUCCGCAGUUUAGUGGGAAAGUCUCUCUACGCCAAAGCAUCUGUGCUCACACACUCAGGUGGAGACCUGGUGGAGGUGGAGAAGGGCGGGGUCCACAUCGUCAUCUCUCCGUUUGUCGUGUCGUUCAAAGACGCUCCCAAGUACUUCAAACCAGGAAUGCCCCUGGACUUCACGUUGCUGGUGCAUCACCAUGACGACUCGCCGGUCCAGAGCGUCACCGUGAAGCUGACGUUCCUGGACUCACCACUGGAGGUCACCGCAGGCUCCGCCCACAUCAGCAUCAACAUGCCCAACACCAGGACCCCGCAAACCAUCACGGUGGAGACCGUGCAGCCCGGGCUGAGGGCGGAGCAGCAGGCCCGGCGGGAGCUCCAGGUGGCCCCCUACCUUCCGCCUGGGCAACCCCUCAACCUGCUCCACAUAUCUGCAGUGAGGAGGCGCGUGGCCGUGGGGGAGAGUCUGCGCCUCCUCCUGAGUCUGAGCCUGGAGAGGCCCCAGGACCUGAGGCACGUCCAGAGCGUCACCUACAUGGUCCUGAACAAAGGGCGGAUCGUGAGUGUGCGUCGGGAGGUUGUGAGGUCGCAGCCCGUGGUCGGGGUCCAGCUCCUCGUCUCCUCAGACAUGAUGCCCUCCUUUCGGGUCGUGGCCUUCUACUCCCUGCCCUGGACUCGGGAGGAGGAGGUGGUGUCUGACUCCAUCUAUGUGGAGGUGCAGAACUCCUGCGUGGGCAAGGCGAACUACCAGAGUGGAUUCAGACGAACUACCAGAGUGGAUUCAGACGAACUACCAGAGUGGAUUCAGGCGAACUACCAGAGUGGAUUCAGGCGAACUACCAGAGUGGAUUCAGGCGAACUACCAGAGUGGAUUCAGACGAACUACCAGAGUGGAUUCAGACGAACUACCAGAGUGGAUUCGGGCGAACUACCAGAGUGGAUUCAGACGAACUACCAGAGUGGAUUCAGACGAACUACCAGAGUUGAUUCAGGAGAACUAACAGAGUGGAUUCAGGCGAACUACCAGAGUGGAUUCAGGCGAACUACCAGAGUGCAUUCAGGCGAACUACCAGAGUGGAUUCAGGCGAACUACCAGAGUGGAUUCAGGCGAACUACCAGAGUGGAUUCAGGCGAACUACCAGAGUGGAUUCAGGCGAACUACCAGAGUGGAUUCAGGCGAACUACCAGAGUGGAUUCAGGCGAACUACCAGAGUGGAUUCAGACGAACUACCAGAGUGGAUUCAGACGAACUACCAGAGUGGAUUCAGGCGAACUACCAGAGUGGAUUCAGGCGAACUACCAGAGUGGAUUCAGGCGAACUACCAGAGUGGAUUCAGGCGAACUACCAGAGUGGAUUCAGGCGAACUACCAGAGUGGAUUCAGGCGAACUACCAGAGUGGAUUCAGGCGAACUACCAGAGUGGAUUCAGGCGAACUACCAGAGUGGAUUCAGGCGAACUACCAGAGUGGAUUCAGGCGAACUACCAGAGUGGAUUCAGACGAACUACCAGAGUGGAUUCAGACGAACUACCAGAGUGGAUUCAGGCGAACUACCAGAGUGGAUUCAGGCGAACUACCAGAGUGGAUUCAGACGAACUACCAGAGUGGAUUCAGGCGAACUACCAGAGUGGAUUCAGACGAACUACCAGAGUGGAUUCAGGCGAACUACCAGAGUGGAUUCAGACGAACUACCAGAGUGGAUUCAGGCGAACUACCAGAGUGGAUUCAGGCGAACUACCAGAGUGGAUUCAGGCGAACUACCAGAGUGGAUUCAGGUGAACUACCAGAGUGGAUUCAGGCGAACUACCAGAGUGGAUUCAGGCGAACUACCAGAGUGGAUUCAGACAAACUACCAGAGUGGAUUCAGACGAACUACCAGAGUGGAUUCAGGCGAACUACCAGAGUGGAUUCAGGCGAACUACCAGAGUGGAUUCAGGCGAACUACCAGAGUGGAUUCAGGCGAACUACCAGAGUGGAUUCAGGCGAACUACCAGAGUGGAUUCAGGCGAACUACCAGAGUGGAUUCAGACGAACUACCAGAGUGGAUUCAGGCGAACUACCAGAGUGGAUUCAGGCGAACUACCAGAGUGGAUUCAGGCGAACUACCAGAGUGGAUUCAGACGAACUACCAGAGUGGAUUCAGGCGAACUACCAGAGUGGAUUCAGGCGAACUACCAGAGUGGAUUCAGGCGAACUACCAGAGUGGAUUCAGGCGAACUACCAGAGUGGAUUCAGGCGAACUACCAGAGUGGAUUCAGGCGAACUACCAGAGUGGAUUCAGGCGAACUACCAGAGUGGAUUCAGACAAACUACCAGAGUGGAUUCACACGAACUACCAGAGUGGAUUCAGGCGAACUACCAGAGUGGAUUCAGGCGAACUACCAGAGUGGAUUCAGGCGAACUACCAGAGUGGAUUCAGGCGAACUACCAGAGUGGAUUCAGGCGAACUACCAGAGUGGAUUCAGGCGAACUACCAGAGUGGAUUCAGGCGAACUACCAGAGUGGAUUCAGACGAACUACCAGAGUGGAUUCAGACGAACUACCAGAGUGGAUUCAGGCGAACUACCAGAGUGGAUUCAGGCGAACUACCAGAGUGGAUUCAGGCGAACUACCAGAGUGAAUUCAGGCGAACUACCAGAGUGGAUUCAGACGAACUACCAGAGUGGAUUCAGACAAACUACCAGAGUGGAUUCAGGCGAACUACCAGAGUGGAUUCAGGCGAACUACCAGAGUGGAUUCAGGCGAACUACCAGAGUGGAUUCAGGCGAACUACCAGAGUGGAUUCAGGCGAACUACCAGAGUGGAUUCAGGCAAACUACCAGUCUCUGACCAGUCUCUGA